AUGAAACACCUCAUACUUUUUAUAUUAGUUACUACAUGCUUGAGGCUCUAUGAAGCUUGCGAAAAAAAUCGUGUUAUACUUCAUAACGAACUCGGUCCUGGUAGAGUUCUAACCUUCCAUUGUGCUUCCAACAAUGAUGAUUUAGGCAUACAAACCUUAGCCUUCAAUGCUUCUCCCUAUAUCAUCGCAUUCCAUGACGGUGUAUUUUUCUUAACAUCAUGGAAAUGUAUGUUAAGACAAGGAACUAACAUGGAAUAUUUUUAUGAAGUUCAAGUAUACAGAGCAGGACAGAUAUAUAAACCUAAAUGUGGCGAGAUACGUGUAUGGACGGCCAAACUUGAUGGGAUAUACUUUUCAAGAGAUCUUGUUACACCACCCGUUUUAGCACUGCGUUGGAAAAAAUAA